AUGAUAGAACUACCAACAAUCACCCUAGACACGACCCUCACAGACCUCUACCGCUGCGCAAGCCCCAGAAACGCAGACAAGCGCAUCGCCCAAGUCCUCAGUCUCGUCAACUCCGGCUCGGAACUCAACCCCAACGUCCCACGCAACGCCAAAUACCUCUAUCAAGAUAGCCCCUUCAACGCCGUUCCAAAAGACCCUUCUAGCAGUAGCCUACCAGGCGAUGACGGCGGGAGACAGCAGCAGCGAGAACUAGCAGUGAAAUAUCUCUCGCUGAUCCCGCAACGAGACGCCUUCAUCAGCGGCGAUACAGCAGUUGUCCUUUUCCGUAUCAACGACUCCAAGAAGCAAAAGUUACACGAUCAACGCGAGGCGGAAAGAACUCUGUCCGUGCUGUCCAAGACCCAGCAGCCAGAUCUCAUCUUCUGCCCUGGACCGUCAGAGAUCCCCAUCAAAGAACCCGGCAUCGACCUCAUCGCAUAUAAAGUCGUCCUAGACGGCCUAGAGUCGUACAACAAUCUCAUCGUCCCGCCCGAGACGCACUGGUUUCUCAACUCCAAGGCCGCGCUCGCACAGUCAGGCCUUCCUACCCCGAAAGCCAAGAUUCUCGAGGUUGAUGGGCUAGCAGGUGAUGCGUGCGCGUGCUGUGCUUCAUGCCACGGCGGCGACGCAGCAGAGUUUGUCAUUCCGGAGUCCUGUACAGGAAGUCGGGGCAGAUGGCUGGAAGAGCAAAGCGAGAGGAUCUACACGGAUCUCGAAUCCCACCCUCUGCCGUUCGUCCUCAAGAACCAGCAGACUUUUGGUGGUGCGGGGACGUACAUCAUUAACGACGGGGACGAGCGUCAGAAGUUGGUGCAAGACUUUAGAAACGGCAUCCUGCGCAAGCUUCUCUCUUCGGCGACGGAGUCAAACGCGCAUCUCCAGCCAGCAGCUCUGAUCCUUUCCGAGGUUGUCGAGAAUCCCAUGGAAAACUACGGCUUGACGUUCUUCGUUGGGGACGAUGGGAGCGAUCCAAUUUUCCUGGCUGCAUCGGAACAGAUGACGGAUGGUGAUAAUGCGUGGAUCGGGAGCACCAUCAACUAUCGCCGUCAAAACGAGCUGGAGAGGAAGUUUGGGCUAUUGGUCAAGAAGAUUGCGACUUGGCUGCGAGGGUAUGGGUAUGUUGGACCCGCUGGAGCCGAUGUCUUGGAGACGGCAUCGUCGACAGCGUGUCCCCAGACAAAUGGCACGACGAACGGUGCUGUGAAUGGUGUCACCGAUGGCAAUUCACAUGCAACGAAUGGUAACUCCGACUUCUCCAACUUCCAUAUCGUCGACCUCAAUAUCAGAACGUCAGGCUCAAUGUGCCUCCCCCUCCUACAAACCCACUUCACCACCCGCAGCUUCUGGAGCGCCUCCUCCUUCUCCAUCAGCUACAACAAGUCCCGCGAAGCCUUCAUUGAGUCUUUCCGAGAGGACUUUAAGGCAGGAAAGAUGUGCAUAAUCAGCUGGUACGAGGAUCCGGAAACGGGGCGCAGUCUGGCUGACGUGGCUGUCGGCGCCGAGGAUGUGGAUGAGUUGCGGAGGGCGAUGAAGAGGGUCCGGGAUGCGACGAAGGAGGUGACGUUUUGA